CACAGCGGACCCGGCCCCAGAGCGGAUCCCGUCCGGCCCCGCCAUGGAGCUUGAGGAGGAGGAAUUGGAUGUGUUGGAUCCGGAGAGGUUAAUCCAGUGCCCGUUGGUUAAACACCAUUGGAUCAGAGCACGCCGAUUUCCUUAUCACCUGGUGAAGUGUAAGGAGAGCAACCCUGAAAUUGCAAAGAAAUUGGCCACAUGCCCCUUCAAUGCUCGUCACCUGGUUCCUCAGGCCAACCUCAGCGACCACAUCAUGAAGUGCAACGACAAAGCCUUCAUGGAGCAAGAUGUGGUGAGCCGGUCGUGUGAGCCCCCACAGGAGCAGCUGAAUAAUGGGAGCACAUGGCAGGCACCUCCAUGUGAUGAAGACUGGGAAACAGAGUUGCUGGAGGGAUCUGAGUCUACUUUUGUGUGGGGUGUGAUCAACUCUACCAUAAACAGCACCAUCAGUGACCAGAACAACUCCUUGCCCUCACGGAUGCGGCCCCCUGAGACCCUCCCGUACACUGUGUCUGCAGGGCUAAUUCGGAGUAUUAGCUCCUCCCCCUGGAACUUGGUUUUGCCCCAGCAGUAAGUGUCUCCCUGACUUGGACAGGAGAGGUCCUGAAGAUGACAGCCAUGAUCUGGACCUGAUGGCAGGACUCUCUACACUUGGCUUUUGUUUUAUAAUGCAUUUCUUGGAACGUUUGAAUAUGUGGAACUGUCCUUGGUUGCCAGAUGUUUCCCCCAAGCAUUUGUUUUAAAAAUUACCCUCACCUUUACUUGGUGAAUUUUGUUACUGUUCUGGAAAAAUUAGAUUUACACAGACUCAAAAACCUUCCAUGCCCAGCCAUGGGUCACGGUAACUCUCUGUGAACAGCAAAAACAUCAGAAUUGCUCCAGAGAUUGGGAAACAGUAGGAGACCUUCAGAAGGAUUUUAAGGAGUAGGGGCUGAGGAAGUGAUUUUAAGCUGGGGAUGUAGGAUCUGAUUAGGUUCCUAAUUAGUGAAGUGAUAGUGGGAAACAGAACAGUUUGUGGGGCUGAAAAUACCCCCCAGAAUCUUGUCUCUUCCCUUGAAACUUUAAAACGUGUGUGUACAUGGAGGAGCCCCUUGGGAGUUGGUUGCUCAUGGUCAGCACUAACUGCAAACAGAGGGAUGCAGGAACAGGGAGGGGGAAUGUCCUGCAGGAAUGGCAGAUUUGGGAGAAUUCAGGCCUGGCAUAGCAGAAACUGUUACAGUUUCAGUGCAAUUCAGGAACCAUCCAACAGUAACUGCCAGGAAUUUCUACCCUGUGCCUUAAGCAUCUUGCUGUUCUCAGGAAGCCUAGAGGGAUUAUGUCGAACUUCUGCUGGAUGUUUGGGAGAAGUUUUGGCUGUUUGCUGGGCAGCUGCAGCAAACUUCCUGGAACUGAGACUCCAGGAGUUGUGUUUGAGGGCCUAUUACAGCCUGGAGAGCACAAAGUGCUGAGAGUUUGUUUCUCCAGUCUGUGAGGAGGCUGAGAUUAAAAACAUCCAGAGCAGCCAACUUAGAAGUAUUUUUUCUGUGCAUACACUUGUUGUUUUUGUCUUGUUGGAGUCUGAG